GUCAGCAUUAUAACUUAAUAGCAAGUUAUCUUUUGCGUCACUCCAUUUGUUGAAAAUGGAAAGCAUUUCUAAAUCUAAUUAAUUUUCGGAGAUUUCCUAACCGAAUCUAUUUCAUAUUGCACAUGAUGUAUUGAAAAUAUGAAUGAGUUUGCCAUUUAUUGAAAUGUCAAUAUUUUUGGGUAUUGGGGGAGGUUGCCUGCUCCAAUUGGUUUUUUGGUAGAUAUAUAAACUGAGCAUACAGAAGCAAAAAUUAUCAGUUCGAAGUUUUCCAACAGAGUAUCAGUUCUUUUGGAAUAGUCGAAGAUGUUCAAGUUCCUACUCCUCACCGUUUUCUCAACCACCGUUCUGGCUGUUUACUUGCCAAACAUCAAGGACGAGGCCAAUAGCCAAAUUAUCUCAUAUGAUUACAGAGUCCUGGAUGAUGGGUACACAUUCGAAUACACAACAUCCAAUGGCAUCACCCGGCAGGAAACAGGACACAUCAAGGUGGUAACGGACCCAGACACUCGAGAACUGGACGAAAUAAUGGAUGUUGAAGGUCUUUACUCAUACACGGGCGAUGAUGGAAAAUUUUAUAGAGUAACUUAUACCUCCAAUGAAAACGGUUAUGUACCACAAGUUUCCACAUCUGCAUCAAGAUCAUCAGACAAUAUUGUGGUAAUUGGUCAGUCCAAACCCAACCGGCCAGCCAAGGAACCAGCUCGUAAUCAGUAUACCUUUCCCUACAAGAAGAUUACCAAUAAAACACCCAAAGCCAGGCUUUCAAAUAAAAGAAGAUACUGAGUGGAAUUUAAAAUCUAGUCAUGAAGGUUCAGAGAUGAAGUUAAAACAUUUUUGGUCUUAAGUAGAGGUGUUAGAUUGUGUAAUUAAUUCAAUAAAUAUUUGUCACCGUAA